GUUCUGUUCAGCUGGAAGCCGCUCUUCCAUCCUCCGCACCGGAGCUGCGCGCCACCCGAACCAGGAGCGCGCCACGAAGGUGAUGAUGUUACACAGUCCAGCCGCAUUCUCUGACUGAGUGAGGAGCCUGCUGUCCAGUCGCCACCAUGAUAGCCACGGGUGGCCUGCUGCGCAUGAACAGGCGGCAGGAUUCGCUCCGGUCCAAAAAUCGAGCUGAAAACAAGAGGAAACGGAAAUCCAAGAAAAAGAAGAAGAACGAUGUGGUCAUUGUGAAGGGGAAGCUCAACCUCUGCUCCCCGGCUGGUUUGGUGGCUGCCAUUGGUGUGAUGGUUUUGAUGGUCGGGAUUUCCAUGGCUGUGCUAGGCUACUGGCCCAGUCAGAAUCAGCAGGAGUACCAGGAGCGCCGCAGGAACGGAGCCUUCCACAACAGCAGGGCGAGCUACUCCAGAAGUCCAGCUGCCUCGCCUAACUUGACCCAAGAUAAGUCUCCCUCCAGCCCAGCGCAUGAGUUCAACCAGAGCCAUUCUAACAGCAGCACCUCCUCUCCUCACUGUGGCAUCCUCUGUGACUUCCUGGAUAACUACCUGUACUCAGACAAUCUGAAAGUGUUCGGACCGCUGGUGAUGGGAAUUGGCAUUUUUCUCUUCAUCUGUGCCAACGCUGUUCUCCACGAAAACCGAGACAAGAAAACUAAAAUCAUCAACCUGAGAGAUAUUUACUCCACGGUGAUAGAUCUGCACAACAUACGGUCAAAGGAGUACUCUCCUCUGAACGGCCUGGUUAACUACACCCAGGCGAGGAGUGCUGAGGGCCCGUCGGCGUCGUUUCCAGCGAGCGGGUCACUCACCCGCAGCUCCUGGCCUUCCACUGGACUCAAUUUGAAGGGAGAGGUGGAUACCGAGGAGGCGUUUAGACGCUCCUCGUUGGCGAGCAGGCCCCGCAGCUGGUCCAGAGAUGUCCAGACCUUCACCGACACCGUCUACAGCAUCUACAAGGACUACAGCAACAGCGGCGAGCAGGCCCCCCAGCCCCGACAGUGGGAGACCACUUACAUCGUCGCCUCCUCUGUGAACGCGUUCACCCUCCCCGUGAUCAAACUCAACAACUGUGAGGUGGAGGAGUCGGAGAGGGUGGAGGCAGAAGGACGCUCGGAGGAAGAGGUUGUGAUUGAGACCGCUGCUGAAAACAUUAGUGAGGAUGGACACGCCAGCAGUGAGAUGGACGGGAGGCAUAAGGGGUCAGCGACGACGAGUGACUCCCCGCCCCCCCAUCAGCGUCAGGAGGACAGAACCACAGAGACGGUUAAUCCGCAGGAGGUGCCUCACACACAGCUGUUUCCUCCAGCUCCCGUUGCCAUGGGAACGGGCUCAAACGCGUCGCUGAACUCCUUCACAGAUCAGCCGAGGCUCGCGCGCCGCUGCAGCCUGUCCGUGUCUGGGAGUCGUCAAGGUGACAGAGCGAGGCGUUUCAGCUGCCCCCGACUGGAGCGCUCCAACAGCAAGGGCUACAUCAAACUGACUGACCUGGGGGGCGAGUCCUUCGAAGCACCCGACACUCACGCUGCUUUAGAGGCCGCGGGACAGGAAGCAGAGAUGGAUGCAACAGCCACAAGGGAUGAAGGAGCUCAGGGGGAGGAGGCUCUGCAGACGCCCAGCACUUCUACAGAAUCCUAGGCUUUUCUUUCUUCUUUUUUUUUAUCUCACUACCCUCCUGCAACUCUUUCUGGUCUUGUUCUUUGCUUUUUACCUUCUUUUGCCAUUAGUGAUGAGUAGCUGGUCAGGAAAGGAAACACAAAGAGUACACAGCUAAGGACUAUUGACUUAUAGCCAUGCACUCAAGAGCGACACACUUUAUAUAUGAAAACAACCACUGCUCAAUAUUCAGAUGUAACUUUUCUAUUUUUCCAAUGUAGCAAGAGCAAUACUUAAGACUUCAAUGGAGUUUUAGUAAAGGUUUGUAAAAAAAACAGAAAAAGGGAAAAAAAAAAAAA